AUGGCUGGCCACCAAAACCGCACCGUCGCCGUUUCCGCCCCGGGCAAGGUGCUGCUCGCGGGAGGGUAUCUUGUCCUCGACCGGCAGCACACGGGUCUCGUCUUGGGGCUGAGCGCCAGGAUCAACAUCGUCGGCAGCGGGAUCGAGACGAGCGAGGGCGUCCAGUUGAACGAGAUUGUAGUCGAGAGCCCACAGUUCCUAGAAGCCCAGUGGCGAUAUGGAUAUCACCUCGCUCCCCACGGCGGCGGCAUCAAGGUCACGCAGCUGCAGGUGGGCGACAAAAUCAGCGCCAACAGCUUCGUCGAGACAACGCUCAGCUACGUGCUCAGCUACAUCGACCACAUGACGACCAAGUCGGCGGCGCACGGCAAGAUCAGCUCGGUGCGCCUCGUCAUCCUCGCCGACAACGACUACUACUCCCCAUCCGCCCGUGCCGACCCGAGGCCCGGCCGCUUCGCAAAGUUCUCGGUGCCCCUGAGCGGCGCCAACAAGACGGGGCUCGGCUCCUCGGCUGCCCUCGUCACCGCCCUCACCGCCGCCCUGCUCGGCUACUAUCUGAGCAGGGAGUCAUUCGAUAUGGCGACGGCCGACGGCAAGCGUACGCUGCACAACCUCGCACAGGCGGCCCACUGCGCGGCCCAGGGCAAGGUUGGUUCCGGCUUCGACGUCGCCGCCGCCGUCUACGGCUCCUGCACCUACAGAAGGUUCUCCCCCGAGAUCCUCCAGGGGCUCCCCGCACCCGGGUCGCCAGGCUUCGGCGAACGACUCGCAGCCGUCGUCAACGGUCCAACGCCGGCGUGGGACGUCGAGGUACGGACCGACGGUCUGCGCGUUCCCAAAGGUCUGGCGUUGCGCAUGUGUGACGUCGACUGUGGCAGCCAGACGGUGGGCAUGGUCAAGAAAGUGCUCUCCUGGAGGAGCGAGGACCCUCAGCGGUCCAAGGAGCUCUGGGACCAUCUCCAGCGGAAGAACGACAGUCUUGCGGCGACGCUGCGGGACGGCAAACUGGACGCGCUCCCGACGGCCAUCCUUGCCGUCCGGGAGCUCGUUCGCGACAUGAGCAAGAGCAGCAAAGUGCCUAUCGAGCCGGAGUCCCAGACGGAGUUGCUGGAUGCCGUCAGCGCCGUCGAGGGUGUCUACGGCGGAGUCGUUCCCGGUGCCGGCGGCUUCGACGCCCUCGCCUUGCUCAUGCGAGACGACGAGGAGACGAAGCGUCGUGUCGAGUCACGCCUCGCCGAGUGGAGUCGAGAGAAGGGAUCGGUUGUGAGGCUGCUGGAGGUCGUCGGCGAAAUGGAAGGCGUCCGGGAAGAGCAACUAGAUAUUUAUUCCGGAUGGCUGUAA